AUGACUUCCGUGCGAUAUGCCACGCCAAACCCCCGGACAUCCCCUGUGACGACCUACAUGCCGUCUGCUUCAAUGAGCGCCAUCCUGCCCCCAAAACUUGUGACAACCACCUGGAAGAAGGGAGUGGACGCCUCCGACUGGGACAACCCAUACGGCCAAGCUGAGUGGAAUCGGCGAUGGGCACCAUUUAUGCCCAACAUCUCCAUUUCGACAUUCAGCAUCUCGACUACUGUGACACCGACGCCAAUCCCAUCGGCAUCUUUGAUUUUGCCUCCGGACAGCGGGUUCCUAUACGGUGCACUCGAGCCCAACAUGACUUUCCCUUCGCACUUCAUCUUCGGAGUCUCUGAUUCGGCUGGCCAGAUCGAGGGCGCUCUUCAGGAUGAAGGCCGCACCCCGAGCGUCCUGGACUAUCUCAAUUUCGCACCUGGCUCGGAGUCCAACUACGUCGCCGACUGGAACUAUUAUCUCUAUAAGCAGGACAUCGCCCGCAUCGCAGCCAUGGGCGUUCCAUAUUAUUAUCUUACAAUCUCCUGGUCACGGAUUCUGCCCUUUGGAGCUAAAGGCACACCUGUUAACAAGGAAGGUAUCGAUCACUACAACGAUGUGAUCAAUACUUGUCUUGAGUACGGUGUCAAGCCGAUCGUCGCUAUGGUCCAUGCUGAUGAGCCAUAUGAAUUUGUCAUGGGUGGAGGUGACGUGCCGGACGCAUACUUUUCCCUCAACUCUGGCACUGCAAACACCACGUUUGUGGACUCGUUCGUGAACUACGCGCGGAUUCUUAUGGGGCAUUAUGGCGACCGGGUGCCUAUCUGGAUCACAAUCAACGAGCCCUUCUACGAAUCAGGCAAUCUCGACGGCGCUUAUAACAUGCUCGAGGCCAACGCACAGGUCUACCAUAUGUACAAGGAUAUGGGGGGCAAGGGCAUGGUGUCGUACAAAAAUGCCGACAACUUUGGAGUGCCGCUGAACCCAAAUAAUCAAUCCGAUGUCGCUGCUGCCAACCGUUUCCAAGAGUAUUUACUUGGCAUCUAUUCGAAUCCUAUAUUCCUAGGCGAGGACCUGCCAGAGAGUGUCACAUCUACGCUCACGAAUCAGUCCAAGAAGCUCACUAAAGAGCAGUUGGCUAGGUACAAAGGCACCGCGGAUUUCUAUGCCAUUGAUCCAUACUCCACCACUUUUGUCACACAGCCACCGGGGGGCAUCGAUGCCUGCGCCAAAGAUCCCUCGAACCCGCUGUGGCCAAUGUGCGUCGUCCCGACCUUGAUAGACGACAAUAACUGGGAAAUCGGCUUCUACUCCGCAUCCAACGUCUACUACACGCCAACCUACUUCCGCUCUUUCAUGAAUUGGAUCUGGGACACCUACAAACCCAGCGGCAUCAUGGUGUCCGAGUUUGGAUACCCGGCGUGGGACGAGGCAGAGGCUCCGCUGGCCAACCAGAGACAAGAUCUGACCCGCUCGCUUUAUUACAUCUCAUACCUGACAGAAGUUUUAAACUGCAUUCACAAGGACGGCAUCAACAUCAUUGGUGCCCUGGCGUGGUCUGCUCUGGAUGACUGGGAGUUCAGCACGUAUGAGCAACAUUUUGGGCUUCAGACUGUGAACCGCACCACGAUGGAACGGACGUACAAGAGGUCGUUCUUCGACUUUGUUGGUUUCUUCCAAGCACAUGGGGCGUCUACAUGA